CCUGCCAAAUAUAGAUCGAUGUGGUUUGCUUCUUUUCAACUUCAGAUCUCAUCAUCUGAUGCCUGUCUGUUGUCUGCUCCUGUUCCUAGAAAACUGCUAUUUUAAGAUUGAAUUUCUAUUUAUAAUUUAACUUACCUAAUCCAGAUGUUUAAAGUUGAAUAAUUUGAAUUUUUCAUCAGCUGUGUUGGAUUAUGGUGAGAUAUGAACUCUGCAGUAUCUCUAUACAGGGACAGUUGGGAACUAUUGUCAGAAAUGAAACACAGAAAGCACAGAUCUAAUUGAAGAUAGCCAUCUAGUGUGCAGAAAACUACAGACUGGAGCCUAAAGCUGAACACAUUUAAAAUAUGAAAACUAACCAAUCACUGAAUGUCUAUUUAGCCUCCUUACUCUGUGGUGAGCCCUAAGGGGAGGAGUUUCCCUAAAGUCAGUAUAAAAGUAGAUGCAUCAUUCCAGUAUUUAACAACAAUAGAAGAGUAUCCUGCUCCUUCAUAUGAAGCCAAUUUUGGAUCUAAAGACAGCAGUUUUAAAUAAAAAUGGCAUCACUAACAAAUAGAGGGAUACCUUUAAGCUCAAUCAGUCCACGGUACCUGCACACAAACUCCAUUAGCCACACCUGGCCCUUCAGUGCUGUAGCAGAACUGAUCGACAAUGCAUAUGACCCAGAUGUCAGUGCAAAACAAUUCUGGAUUGACAAAACGGUGAUCAAAGACCAGGACUGCCUCAUCUUCAUGGAUAAUGGAAAAGGCAUGGAUUAUGAUAAGAUGCACAAAAUGCUCAGUUUUGGCUUCAGUGAUAAGCAGACGAUAAGAGGCCAUGUCCCAGUGGGUCUUUAUGGUAACGGUUUUAAGUCGGGCUCCAUGCGCUUGGGGAAGGAUGCCAUCGUGUUCUCAAAGAAAGCCAACACCAUGUGUGUGGGUCUCCUGUCACAGACUUACCUUGAAAAGAUGGGAGCACAGAAUGUCAUAGUGCCUAUUGUCACGUUCACCAAGACAAGACAGACUGAUAUCCCAGAGCAUGCAGAGUGUCUUCGUGAUAUCCUGACACAUUCACUGUUUAACACAGAGGAAGAACUGCUGACUGAGUUCAGUGUCAUUGAUGGGUUGUGCGCCAACUCAAGUGGAACCCGAAUCAUCAUCUGGAACCUACGCAGAACAUCUUCAGGAAAAUUAGAAUUUGACUUCAUGAAGGACCCAUAUGACAUCCAGAUCCCUGUUGAUGUGUACGAGAGCACCAGGGAGCCAAACAAGCCCCAACCUGAGGGUGGUAUGUCAGUUCCUGAGAGUGAAUAUUCACUGCGGGCAUACUGCCGUAUCCUGUACCUGAAGCCAAGAAUGCAGAUUAUCAUCCAAGGGCAGAAGGUAGAAACUCAGUUUAUCACUAAAAGUCUAGCAAAAGUCUUCAAGGACACAUACAAACCUGCCUGUCUUAAAAAGGGAAUGACAAUCACCUUUGGCUACAACACAAAAACUAAGGAGCACUAUGGCAUCAUGAUGUACAACAAAAACAGACUCAUCAAAGCUUAUGAGCGUGUUGCCUGUCAGCGCGAGGCUAAAAGCACAGGAGUGGGAGUUGUCGGGGUGAUAGAGUGUAACUACCUCAAACCAACUCACAAUAAGCAGGACUUUGAUGACACAGAAGAAUAUAAGAAAAUCAUGCUGAAUGUAGGUUAUAAGCUUGAGAACUAUUGGAAAGAAGCCCAUUAUAGACAUCGGAAAAACCUGAACUGCACUGUACCCAUUGAAGAUAUUGUGAAGCAGCCAGAUCAAAACUGGGUUCAGUGUGAUGAUUGUCUGAAGUGGCGAAAACUUCCAGAUGGCAUUGAUGCUAAAAAUCUCCCUAAAAAGUGGUUCUGCCACAUGAACUCAGACCCUCAAUUCAGGAGUUGUACAGUUGAAGAAGAACCUGAGAAUUCUGAUGACGAACAACCCAGAUACCAGAAAACCUACAAACUGCAUGAGAGAAAUCAGUUGCUAUAUCAAUUGCUGUAUGAGAAGAACAGACAGCAGAGCCCUUCUACACCCAGGUCAUCCUGCCAAACAACACAGAGCUCCACCCUUAUUUCCACUUCUCCAACAUGUGCAGGCUCCAGACCUUCAAUUGACACUCAGGACACUCUUCUCUCUAUUACUCCUACAAGGAAGAAGAGAGCCCUGGGCCAGAGUCAAGAGAAUACGCAGAAAAAGAAAGCUAGAAUAAAAAGUAUACUAGAUAGUCAGUCAACAUCCACAACCUCACCUGACACCGUUUGUUCAUCUGCCAUGUGCAGCUCUGGUAAUGAUGCUAAUAAAGUUGAAAGGGUAGCCACUGAAACAGGUCCAAAGGACAAUAGUGAUGAUGUGAUUGACAAGAGCACAAUGAAGAGGGAGCAGAGCAAUCAAAUCACACAGGCCAGCUCUGAGGACCAGCAGAACUACAAAAUGCUGUACCUGCAGGCCAAGGAGGAGAUAAAGCAGCUCCAACACAAGCUCAGAGAGCAAGAAAAAGCAGAAGAAGUGCUAAAGGGAAAGUUGGACAGUCUAGAAGAUGAGAAGUGCACUUUGUUGACCUGCUGUGAGAGCCUGCAGAAAGACUUAGAGGAGACACAGGACAGACAAGGGGGUGGACAAGGAAACAAUGUCACACAGUUUUGCAGCCUCAGAUUAAGAGAACUCAGACAAACAGUGGCACGUCUCUUGGUCACCUUUGUCCCUGCUCUGGACCUUCAACAAGUGAACUACGAUUGUGAAGUCAUUGAUGAGAUUCUCGCUCAGGUUGUCGAUGAGAUCUCCCCUACAGAGGCAGCCUCUUCAUAGAAACAGUGGUGACCAGAAGAGUGCAAACUUUUUUGAAUCAUUUGGUUGGAUAAUGCAAAAAAGAUCACGCAAGUCCUUAAUACUGUUUUGAUUUUUUCUUGACUAGACAUGAAAAGCUUUUUAUUGUUUCCAGUGUGUUUGGGUAACCAGAAAAACUUUGAUGUUGCCACGUUAAAAAUUUUUACUAUUACACAUUUACAUUUGUUCUUUUUUUUAACUUGUAUUAAAAAAUAAACACUUUUUAUGUUUUCUAUAUAUUAUACAAAAACGGCAAACUAUGUUUUAGAUGGUGGCAACAUAUUCAGUUCAUGUGUAGGCUUUUAGGCUUCCAUUUCCAUUUUUUUAAUCAACAAUUUAUGUCCAUUUCUAUGCUUAAAAUUACUGCUGCCAUCAUUCAAUUUUGGCCCACAUUAACCACAUGAAUGCCAUAUAGUUAGCUAUACAGUUUGCUUGCUUUUAUGAUGCAAAAUAUUAUACAUAUUAAGGCCCUGAUUUACUAAGAUCCCAAAUAAAGAGUACUAAUUUGUGUGUGCAUAUGUCAUUUACAAAGGAAAACUGUUUUUACCCUGUGUCUCUUGCCUAGAGUAGCAGAAAGCUGAGUCCAUAGACGCAGGGUAAAAAUAGAGCACCAUUAAUUAUACACAGGUGUCUACUCAUUCAUUAAAUCACCCACUCUGUAUGAUGGUUUUAAAGCUGAGAUGGAUCACUUAUUCAAAUACAAGGCUGUUUGUACAAAAAGAAAAUAAUAACUUUUACUUUUUUUGGAUAU